GGCUUUCUGUUCUUCAUUGGAUAACCUCUUAGACACUGACAACUCAAAAAAACCAGCUCGAGAUUUGGUCAACAGAAGCUCUUUAAACUUGGAGAAGUCUCUAGAAAUCGCUCGUUUCUAGCAAAGCAUCUGCAAGAAUCUGCAACCUUCGUCAUGUCAAGUACAGCGCCGCAGCCAACUAAGACUGGCCUUGGAGAUCUCAACAUCCCAUCAUCUGUCGAAUCGACAUCCUCACCUUACCAACUCUAUUACAUUCGUUUUUAUUCUCCAACCAAAAAUUCUCGUAGCCCAUCAUCCUACGCUCUUGGCUACCGUCCAAGAUGGGGCAGCGGUCCUAUGGACGCAUCUACCACAAUCUACAUCGGAUGUGCACCUGGUACUACCGGUAGACUUGAGGGAAAGCCAUAUAGAAAAACAAACAUCGCGGCGGAAAAAAGAGCAAAACAGGUGGAAAGAGCAGAUGUACAUUGGCUAGGAAAAGUCAAUGAUUUAGAUAGGGUGGUGGAAAUCAUGGGAAAGGUGUGCUGGAAUAAUGGCACGAAUAUUGGACAGGCGCAAAAGCGAUGGUGUCAGAGAGUUGCUAUGCGGAUCGAUUGGGGUCGGACAUGGGUUGUUGCUGGAUGGGUUACGUUGCCCGAGGAUGAGAAGAUGGCUGGGAGGGUUUGGACUUUGGCAAGCUGAGGGAUUCUGAUGAGCAUGAAAAGCUUGAUGGAGAACAUCAACUCAAUAUUCUGGCGAAUUGAUGAUGGCAGUACUACUACCAAUCAACUUCCAAAGACUGGACAUUCUAAUAGCUUCCUAAACUAGAGGGCUUAAGAUAGAUUCCACCUCGAAUGCAAAGCGUUGAUUUAAACAUAGCCAAAGAACUGUGUGAUGAAUCCACCACAUAUAAACCUUGAUCUCGGAAUAGCUUCAAUGCAUUUGAGAGGAGGGCACAUUGAACAUAAAAAGGUGAUCCCUCAUAUGCGCGAUUAUCUUGCCCUUCAAAUGUUCAAUGAUAUAUGAUCACAACA